AUGGCGAGCACCGGCGAACACCUGAGGGCGCGGGCCGCGCAUGUUGAGGCGCCUGCCGCCCCUGAGGCCGCUGCGGAGGGCGACGAGGGCGCCUCGGCGGCCCCUGCUGCCGCCGCUGCAGCUGCUCCCACUGCUGCUGGUGCCCCGUCAGCCACCAGGGAUGAGGAGACCAUUUUGGUGGGGGAGAUCUCUGUGGCCAAAAAGAUCAUCUCAGCCCUCAAGAAG